UUCAACCUUAAAAUACAGACUACUUCUGAUUCAUUUUAGUUUCCUUCUUCUUCUAGAAAUUAUUCUAGCAUUGGGCUUUAAUUUUUAUACAUACGCAAUAAUUGAAGUAAAUUUUAAAAAAUGUAAAAGAGUAAUCAUAUCUGAUUUUACGAAAUUUAUCGAUAUGAUUCCUGUGCUCAAUCAAAAGUCUGUAUUUCCAAAGCCUGAUAUAAUAGCGUAUCCGCUAUCAAGAUUUGUCAUAUAUCCAGCUACCCCAACGUUAACUGAAUUUCAGCAUCCUAAAGUUUGUGAUCAGAAUUCGUUAAUCAGAUGUGGUGGUAAGGGUCAUAAGAACUACAGACAACAACAAUACUCAUACACCUAUGAUAGAUUGUAUAGUCCAGACAGCAACAGUUCAUCUACCACUUCUUCGGUUUGGUCACUAUCCACUGUCAAAUCCACUCCUUCUUCAUCGUCGUCAUCAUCUCGUACUACCCGUCGCAGUAGUAGCCGUCGUAGUCGCCGUACAACGUCUCCAACUGUGCGUCAUGCACAUCAUAUGACAGUAACUCAACAUAAAUCACAUUCAUUUGGGAUGAGUGAUUGUGAUUGCAAAGUUCAAAAGAGAGAUCGUAGGAGACACCUGACUACUACAAAGUCAGUAGAAGACAGAAAUGUUGUGAAAUGUGCAAUUACAGAAAGUCAAAUAGUAGAAAUGGGUUGUAGUACAAUAAACAAUGAAUUACCACAAAGCAAUACCGAAAUGGCACUGCAUCUGCAACAACACGACAUACUUAGUAGAAAAAGUCAUCGAAGGCCUUCACAUUGUCGGUGUACUACGGACGCUGUGUUAUUGGCACACAGCAAUCGCUCGUUGCAUAUCCUAUUAAUUCAAAAGUGUCAAACUACAGUGGCUAUGAUGCCCUUGGAAGCUUCAACAUCAAGUCUUGGGAAAUACUCAAAUAUAGCAAAAUGUUCAUCUUCCACUGUGAUUACAUACAAACUGCCAGGUGGGCAUUUUAUAGAUGAUUACAGCACAGACGCAGAUGAUCCAAAUUAUUGUUCCUGUAAUGAUGACUGGAAGUGGUAUGCAACAGCUGUUGAAAAUAUUGUUGGAACCCAAUCAUUGAGGGUUGGGUCAUUAGCAAUGUCCUCAUUACCAAGUGGCCCAUGUUCAAUUGAUCAACCAGUGUUACUGGGGAAAUGGUAUCGUACCCAAGACAAGAAAUCUCAGGAAGAGUUAUACGGUAAUGACAAAACUUAUCAUAAUUGGUAUUAUCCUUAUAAACCAACACACAUAAGUAAACAUCCAUUUGAACGAAAACGAGUGUAUGCUGUCCCAGAUGCAGCUAAAAUUUUUGAAAGCCAAUUUCUUUUGAGGACGCCACUUACAAAAUCUUUAACUGUUAAAAAUCCAGCAACAGGCACUAUAGUUACUAAAACAACAUCAUAUCGGUGCAAAUUUAUUCCAUUGGCACGUCUUCAUGAAAAUAGUCGCACUUACGGACCUAUACUUUCCUCGCUUCCUGUUGUUUUAGCCAGGUACAACAUUUUUGUUAGUAAUUGUUUCUUGAACGUUUUCACUCAUACUGAGUUUUAAUUUUAGUUUAAAUAUUAUAUGCGUGCCAUGAAGUCUUAUCAAAUGUCAACACAUGAAUGAGUUGUCUUCCAGCAAACAGAGAGAGUAUAAAUAUUAUUUGCCAUGCUUAGAAUGACGUAAUGCAUAACACCAAAACUUCCCGAUUUAAAAAAACUCUUUUAAGUCUUGUCAUAUUUUUUUUAAAUAGCUAUUUUUUAUUGUAAAUUUUUGUUAAUAAUAAUUUAAA